GCCAAAAGCCUUGUUGCUUAGUGCGUUUUAUUGAUCCCAAGAUUUUGGCACAUUCAGUGACACUGACAGUUGUCUGCCGGCUGAUCAGUAUUUAACAGGAAUCUAACCUCGCGCUGGUUCAUUUUCUAAUAAGAUUUUAGUGAGUUUAACUUUAACAAUGGAUGGAAUAUCGACAUACAAUAAUUUCUUAGCAGUACAUAAACCACAACUAGUAUUAUCAGGUGUACCUGAGCAUUUUUGGCCAUCAAUUUGCAAGAAAAUCACAGACCAAAUUUUUGAUGCUGGCCUAACAUUUCAACUUGUGCAAAUCGACUAUGAAGACAUGGUGAAGAUGCCCUACGAUCCUUUGUGGAGUGUGAUUGCUAUCCGGGAUAUCGAGUGUUCAGAUGCUAGUCAUAUUUAUUUAAUUGAUCACGCUUGGACUUUUAAGGUGAAUAGUAUUAAGUCUAACUUGAGGAAUAUUCCGGGGCUUCUGGAGAGGAUGUGCAGUCUUAUGUUAAUAUCUGCGGAAACUACUGAAGAGAAAAUCGAGAAAGUAUCAGAAAGUGUGUGGAAGUAUGCCAAUACUUAUGCAAUUGCUGGUGAUGGCUUUUCCAUUGAGGACCGGGUGCCUGUCUGGUAUGUGUUAGAUGAGCUAGGUUCAGGCAUCACCCACUCUGACACCCCUAAUUUUAGAGCUGUGCCUUUUUUGUAUGUGCCUGAGCAGUUAACUUACACUUUAUUAUUUGCAAUCAAAGAUAUUGAAGAAGGAGAUAUGGUCACUAGGAACUUUGUGGAAGGUCUGUACCCUGACACCAUGCAGAGGGAAGCCAUGCUCAUUCCUUGGAAGCAUUAUAAACAUUUUAAGGAAGACUACACACAAGUGGAGCCAAGCUCUAAAUACUUCCUGGAAGGUCAUAUUGUAGAAACACUCCCAGAUUUAGAAUUGUUAAAAGAUAGAGAGUUAGAUUUGACUAAACUCAAAGUUUACUCAGAGUACAGAUAUAUUAAUGAUUACCUGACUGCACCAGAGUUUGAGAUAGUACACAAUGAAAAUGAUGCAGACAUUUUGUGGUAUUUGGACCAUUUCAAAGAGUACCAAGAUUUAAGUGUAAAUUCCCCUCACAAGUUUGUGAAUCAAUUCCCAUUUGAAUAUGUUCUGACCAUCAAGGAUCUCCUAGCUGUUAUUGGCAGAAGGUCAUCUGAAAAAUAUAAUAAUGAUAAUGAUUCCCUUGAAAUUAACCCAGCCUGGCUGCCAACUACAUUCAAUAUGAAGACAGAAUUCCCAAAGUUUGUUGCAUAUUACAUGCAAAGGAAGAAAGCUGGUCUGGAUAAUCAUUGGAUUUGCAAACCAUAUAAUUUGGCAAGAGGUCUUGAUACUUAUAUCAGUGAUAACUUGGACUUUCUGUGCCGGCUGCCAUUGACAGGUCCUAAAAUAGCUCAGAAAUAUAUUGACAAGCCUGUUUUGUUUGAGAGGCCUGAUAUAGGCCUAGUGAAGUUUGAUAUUCGCUAUGUCAUCUUGUUACAUUCUGUAAGCCCAACAGAAGUUUAUGUCUACAACAACUUCUUCCUCAGAUUUGCAAAUAAAUCAUUUUCCUUAGACAAUUUUGAUGAUUAUGAGAAGCAUUUUACUGUUAUGAAUUACACAGAUGGAGCUCCUCUAUUCAAGAUGUUAUGUUCAGAGUUUAAGGAGGAGUGGGCUAAGCAGUAUGGGGACUAUGAGUGGGCCGUGGUGGAGAAAUCAAUAUACAAGAUGGUGGCCGAGUUGUUCACAGCUGCUACUUCAAAGGGACCUCCAUGUGGUAUAGGGAAGAGCCCACAAUCUAGGGCAUUGUACGCAGCAGAUAUCAUGCUUGGUUGGCGUGAUAUGAAAGAUGAAAAAGUUAUCCAACCCAUUUUGUUAGAGAUGAAUUGGAUGCCAGACUGCCACCGGGCAUGCCAGUAUUACCCCAACUUUUACAAUGAUAUAUUUUCUGUUAUGUUUUUAAAUAGAGAAGUCAAAACAUGCACCAAAGUUUUGUAAGCUUGCAUCACACAUUUAAACUUUUGCUUUUCUACACAUUUAUUGUAUUUACGCAUUUGUUACUCACUAAAUAAAACCAGUAACAUCUGAC